GAAAGCUCGCGCCCCGCGUCCCCCCACACGCUCCCAGCUUCGCGCGGACUCCCGAGUGGACGCGACGCCGCGCGCGCCGUCCGAGCUGCCUCCCCCGCGCGCUCCGCGCUCGCGCCCCUGCCCCUCCCCGCCCCCCGGCCCCGCCCCGGAGGCUCGCGCCCCGCGCCCCCACUUGCCCUGCGCGCCGCGCGGUGUCCGGCGCGCGCCGGGGGGCGGGGCGGGCGCGAAGGGGUGCGGGCCCCGCGGGGCGGCCAUGGAGUGAGGCGGCGCGCGGACUAGCGCUCGGACGGACCGACGGGGCGUCGACCGACCGACGGGCGGGCCCGGGCUCCGCGCGCUGGAAGAUGAACAGUGCAGAGUCACCCAAACCACCAGUUGCUCCCAAGCCAAAGACUAGCAGUCCUCUCACACCAUUGGCGUCACCCAAAUUCCCUUCAUCACCCAAAUUCCCUUCGUCACCCCGAUCCGACAGUCUCCACAGUCCAAACUCUAUGUCCAGGGGGCCAAAACCCCCCAUCGCUCCUAAGCCUAGGCUGGCUGCCCCCAACGAGUGGAGAGCCAGCGUGUACAUGAACAACAGCUUAAACAAAUGCAGCAACGGGAAGCUGCUCUGCAUGGACAGGGGCCCCUGCGAAGGGCAUUUGUCCCACCCCGAGGCCAAUGAGGACUACAUCGUGGCCCCCAGGGCUGUGCCGAGAGAAGACGGGCCUGCAGACCGGGGUUGCAUGGGGGGCGAGGCCUCCGGGGAAGAGGAGCACGGGCAGCCAAGUGAGCAGUGUGACAUGGAGGGGACGGGGGCUGCUGAGGACCCGGCAGCCCCCACUGAAGUGGUGCUGAGCGGAGAGUGCAGUGAAGGCGUGGGGGAGGAGGGACGUGAAAAUGACCCAGAGACUGAGGAGCCGGCAUGCACCAGCGAGGAGGAAGAGAAGCUGGUGAAAGAACACAAUGUGUAUAACCUGGAGGACAGAGGCACUUGGGAUGGAGAGGUCUUCCAGAGUGAGAUCAUCCUAACCCAUGUCGAUUUAGGGGAUCUGGCAGCUCCUGGCGAGAUGCCCGGGGCCCCCGAAACCCCCAGGGAGGUGGAGGAGGUUGGUGAGAAAGGCUGUGCCAAUGCAGAACCAGACGUGCGUGCAGAUUCUGAUGGUUCCCCCGAGGAAGAUGCUGGAGACUCCAGCAGGGAGGCCCCUGAGAACGAGGAGAUGGCCACGGAUGCCCAGGAGGCAGGCGUGGCCCUGGGAAACACUGAGAUCUCAGAGGAGUGUGAGGAUGGCACGGGUGAUGGUGCCCAGGCUGAUGAGGAGCAGCCAGAUCAAGACGAAAAACCUGACCAAGAAGAAACGUCCGUCCCCCAGGAGGUGGGAGGAGACCCCCGAGAAGGCGAGGACCCCGUGAAGGAGGAACCUGCCGAGGAGAGCUGCCACAUCGUUCCCUUUGAGAACGACGGCAUCGAUGACUUUGUGGCUUCACUUACAGGGAGUCCCUAUGAGUUCUUUCCGACAGAGAGCACCUCUUUUUGUAGUGAAAGCUAUUCUCCCCUUUCCAAGUCGGCAAAAGGCUUAGAAGCCGAGCAGAAAUCGAAGUCAGGGGUGUGUGCACAGGAGGCCUCCGGGGCUGGGCCAUCCGCUGGCCGGCAUGGCUCUCUGGAAGACGGAGCCUGCGAGGGCCCCUCUGUCCCUGACGUGGUGGUCUUGCCAAAAGGUGCCCCAGACGAGGAGGCGGCAGACGACACGCUCACGAACCCCUACGUGAUGGGAGUUGGCCUGACGUGCCCGGCGGACCACCUGCUCCCCAGAGAAAGAGAGCCGUCUGAGAUGCAGGUGGGUUCGGACGUCCUGGAUGGUUACGGCACGAAAGAAGAAAUGAACUCUGAUGCUGAGAACAGCCUGCUGCCCAUCGACAGGAUCAACCUUGUCACGAGGACACGGCCCCACUCUGGGAAGGUGGCUGGCUAUGUCCCAGAAACUGUGCCGGAAGAAACGGGAAUAGAAGCCGGCUCGUCAGCCAUUGGCAGUGGAGGGGCCUUUGAGGAGGCGAGAAAGACGGCUUCGUCGUUGGAAGGGAAGCCCCUGGAAGCCAGCAGGGCCUUGCCGGCAAAGCCCAGAGCCUUCACUUUGUACCCUCGGUCGUUCUCGGUGGAAGGCCGAGAGAUUCCGUUCUCCCUGUACCGCGAGCCUGAGGGAUCCGGGUUAGAGGACCACAGGAUAAAAAGAAAAGAGGACAACCUCUCUCUGCCCUGUGUGAUUGGCUCUUCCGGCAGCUUCUCCCAGAGAAACCACCUUCCCUCCAGUGGCACCUCGACGCCGUCGUCCGUCGUCGACAUUCCACCCCCUUUCGACCUUGCCUGCAUCACCAAAAAGCCCAUCACCAAGAGCUCUCCCUCCCUGCUGAUCGAGAGUGACUCCCCCGACAAACACACCAAGAAAAAGAAGUCGUCCUUUAAGCGGUUCCUGGCACUGACGUUUAAAAAGAAGACGGAGAGCAAAGUCCACGUGGAUGUCAAUGUGUCUUCCUCCAGGUCGUCUUCAGAAUCCAGCUACCACGGGCCUGCCAGGAUCCUGGAAAUUGACCGGAGAAGCCUUAGCAACUCCCCCCAGCUUAAAUCUCGGACUGGGAAGCUGCGGGCCUGUGAAUCCCCCUCCUCCCUCAUCUUCUACCGAGACGGCAAGAGGAAAGGCAUGCCCUUCAGCAGGACGGUGUCCCGAGUGGAGUCCUUCGAGGACCGCUCCCGGCCGCCCUUCCUGCCCCUGCCGCUGACCAAGCCACGGUCCAUCUCGUUCCCCAAUGCCGACACCUCAGACUACGAGAACAUUCCCGCCAUGAACUCGGACUACGAGAACAUCCAGAUCCCGCCCCGGAGGCCUGCGAGGGCUGGGACUUUUACAAAGCUGUUUGAGGAUCAGAGCAGAGCCCUGUCUACGGCUAAUGAGAAUGAUGGCUAUGUGGACAUGAGCAGUUUCACUCCCUUCGAGAGCAAACAGCAGAGCACAGACCAGGAAACAGAAAGCGCCUACACAGAACCAUACAAGGUCUGCCCCAUCUCAUCGGCAGCCCCCAAAGAGGACCUCACGUCAGAUGAAGAGCGAGGAAGCUCGGAGGAAGAAGAAAGUGCUCCAAGAGACCCUAGCCUCACCCCCAAGGUGGAAGGACAGUCCAGAGCGCAUGUCAUCGCCCAGGAACUGCUGUCCUCGGAGAAAGCAUAUGUGGAGAUGCUCCAGCACUUACAUCUGGAUUUCCACGGAGCCAUCGUCAAGGCCUUGGAUGAGAUGGACCAAGAGGGCAGGGACCCGUUGGCCAGAGAGGAGCUGAGGCUCGGUCUGAGCAAACUCCCAGCCAUCCAUGAGCUUCAUCGGGGGAUCUUGGAGGAGCUGGACGAGAGGCUGCUACACUGGGAGGGCCAGCAGAAGGUAGCUGACAUCUUCCUGGCCCGGGAGCUGGGGUUUGACCACCAUGCGGCUCACAUCCUGCAGUUCGACAGGUACCUGGGUCUGCUCAGUGAGAACUGUCUCCACUCUCCCCGCCUGGCAGCUGCUGUCCAUGAAUUUGAGCAGAGUCUUCAAGGAAGCAGCCAGAGUAUGAAGCAUCGGCUGCUGAGGGUGGUUCAGCGCCUCUUCCAGUACCAAGUGCUGCUCACAGACUAUUUAAAUAACCUUUGCCCGGACUCAGCUGAGUACGAUAACACGCAGGGCGCACUGACCCUCAUCUCCAAAGUCACAGACCGUGUCAAUGACAGCAUGGAGCAAGGGGAAAACCUGCAGAAGCUGGUCCACAUUGAGCACAGCGUUCGGGGCCAAGGGGAUCUCCUCCAGCCAGGAAGGGAGUUUCUGAAAGAAGGGACACUGAUGAAAGUAACAGGGAAAAACAGACAUCCCCGGCACCUGUUUUUGAUGAGCGAUGUGCUCCUGUACACUUAUCCCCAGAAGGAUGGGAAGUACCGGCUGAAGAACACAUUGGCAGUGGCCAACAUGAAGGUCAGCCGCCCAGUGAUGGAGAAGGUGCCCUAUGCUCUGAAGAUUGAGACUUCGGAGACCUGCCUGACCCUGUCUGCAAGCUCCUGUGCAGAGAGGGACGAGUGGUACAGCUGUCUGAGCAGAGCCCUACCUGAGGACUACAAAGCCCAGGCUCUGGCCGCCUUCCACCACAGCGUGGAGAUACGGGAGAGGCUGGGGGUUAGCCUGGGGGAGAGGCCCCCCACCCUCGUGCCUGUCACACACGUCAUGAUGUGCAUGAACUGCGGCUGCGACUUCUCCCUCACCCUGAGGCGUCAUCACUGCCAUGCCUGCGGCAAGAUUGUGUGCCGGAACUGUUCACGGAACAAGUACCCUCUGAAGUACCUCAAGGACCGGAUGGCCAAGGUCUGCGAUGGCUGCUACGGGGAGCUGAAGAAGAGGGGCGGGGACAUCCCGGGCCUGCCGAGAGAGCGGCCUGUGAGCAUGAGCUUCCCCCUGUCCUCGCCCCGCUUCUCGAGCAGUGCCUUCUCAUCCGUCUUCCACAGCAUCAACCCGUCGACUUUCAAGAAACAGAAGAAAGUCCCUUCGGCCCUGACUGAGGUGGCCGCCUCUGGAGAGGGCUCUGCCAUCAGUGGCUAUCUCAGCCAGUGUAAGAAAGGCAAGAGGCACUGGAAGAAGCUCUGGUUUGUCAUCAAAGGCAAAGUUCUCUACACCUACAUGGCCAGCGAGGACAAAGUGGCCAUGGAGAGUAUGCCUCUGCUGGGUUUCACCAUUGCCCCAGAAAAGGAAGAGGGCAGCAGUGAAGUAGGACCAAUUUUUCACCUUUACCACAAGAAAACCCUAUUUUAUAGCUUCAAAGCAGAGGACACCAAUUCAGCUCAGAGGUGGGUUGAGGCCAUGGAAGACGCAAGUGUGUUAUAGCAGUUAUCAAGUAUGUGGACUCAGAAUAAACUCUUAGGUUUAUAUGCAGAGCCUUCCAGAAGCUAAUCUGUGUCUCAGCUCAUCUGGACACACAUUUGAAUUCAGCAUGGGACUUGACCUUUUUUGCUGUUACCCCCUUUACUUACACCUUUGCAAGUGGAACCCUUAAGGAAUAUUUAUGGACCGCUCCUCUUCUGUCUCCAUGUUUUUCACCCCUUGUCAUAAACCAUCUCCUUAUCCAGCAGUUAGUUAGAAUUUAAUAACAUGAAGACAGGGAAACUAACAGAAAAGUGCAUUUAGAAAUGCAGGCUCUUUAGUACAAACAAGCUUUUACAAUUUUUACUCAUGGUAAAUAUUAUCACCUUUCAUGUUGAUUUGGGUGCCUCAGCUGAAAUGAGAAACAACCAGUAGGCAACAGCUACUCUCACUGAAUGCACUUUAUUGUUUUACUGAGCUACUUCAACUUUGUUUUCCAAGUGAUUUACUUAAUAACAGAUGGAGUCCUGUGGACUAACUUGCCACCAGUGCUAUAUAACAAGGGUGCACAUGAAAUUGAUCCACGCAGACGUGGAUGUGGCUGCCUCAGCAAGUGAUACUUGGAAGACCUUCAUUACAGUGGAGGGGUUGUUCUCCAGUUGGCCAUGUGACCUGUCUGCUGCCAUAACUUAUUAAAGGAGAGAUUCCUCCCUUCCCUCUGGAGUCCUCAACACUGCACCUGUGCUGAAAACUCAGCCCCCGGAGGUCACCGCAGACCCCUCUGAAGAGUCAAAGUCUACUUUAAUUUAUUGUGUGCCUUCCUGUGUUUACUCCACACGAGCUGAAAACAUUAUGUUUAUGAGACCCCGUGCUUAUUUUAGACUUGGUAAUCCUCAGCUGUAUUACUGAAGCCUUUUCAAUUUUUGAAAGAGAUAAAAAGAACAAACAAGAUGUAAUCUGAGGUGAAUUCAUGGUUUUGGCAGAUGGCUCUGGGCACAGUGAAGGAGCACAGAAGUAGUGGCUUGAAGAUAUUCUCUGAGAACCUGGGGCUGUAUCAUCUCCCGCUGAUGACUUGCUCAUUAUGCUUGACAGUUUUUCACAUAAAGCAAGGGGUGCUUGGGGGUGGGAUUCUUUGUUACUUUCAUUGCAAUAAAAAGCAAUCUUAUCAUUUUCUGAUAACCUGUCCCCACCCUCCUGCUGCCCCUGUUCCCUCAAAAAAGGCAUUUGCUAACAAAUGUUUUGUAGAAAACCCCAUCUCAAGGAGUUAUUUACAUUAAAUAUUUUCAGGGGAAAUGUUUUCCAAUUCUUUUAAAAUGUUUGCAUUAGACAUUUAAUUCGUGAUUCAAGCAAAGAGGUUUAGACAGGCCUUUUUUUUGGAGGGCUUAAUUCUAAUUGAAUCAUUUUCACCAUCAAAUGUAUUUAAAUGGGCCUCCUAGACCCUUUGAACUUUUAAAAAGCACAGCAAGACUUCAGUAGCAGGCAGUGGGAAUUUCCCUCCACUGGUCACGCACACCCUGCAUUAUCAGUUCAUGAGCACCAGAUGGAAUUAACAUACCUGAAAGUCUUCUGAAGGCCUCUUUUACUUUAUAAUAUCCUAUGUCUGAUACUGUAACAAAGAGGCAAUAGUGCUUUUAUUUCUCAGUGAAGAGUCACACUAACAAGAACACCUGGGUUAUAAGUAAAACAUACUGGAUGGGUUUUAUGAAAGGAAACCACCAAGGGCCACCAAGUCCCCACCCACCCCAACCCUGCCCCCGGCUCAUUUUUGAUUGGGUAGGACUCCACCUGUUUUAUCUGGACCUUGUUUUCACAAGUCCUUCCACGGUUCUUUGUGAACUCAUUUCCAACUAAUUUCUACUGGUUGCCUUUGCUUGUUGCGCCUUCCGUACCUUUCUCCUUGUCCGGCCGUGUCAUUCACGUCUGUCAGGGGCACCUGCAGCAGAGUCAUGUGGAUGGAGCUGCCGCAUCUGCUCUGAGGCUCUUCCCAGUGGCUCCCUAGAGGCUGGAGAAGGGCUGACUUGCCACCAAGAAGAUGCUUCCUGAAGAACUCUUAUCUGCUUUGCCCCAGGGCUUCCUGUGCACUGAACAGCCCCUCUGCUCACUCCUCCAGAAGAGGCUACACUGAUGAGGAGGAAGCAGGCUAGACCAUGCCACAGUGUGGCCCAGAAAUUAGGAAAUUCAGGCUCUGGGCAAGUGAGUCACUUCACUAGCUCUGAGCCUCAGUUUCUUCACCUGUAAACUGGAGACCAUUCCAGCGUCUCUGGAAGGAUUGAAGUGGUAAGACUCAGUGAAUGUUUGUGAAAGUGGUCUGAAAAGCAAACUGAAAGAGAGGAUGAGGUGUUAUUAUAAAAAGUAAAAAUAAACUCAUGGGUCCUGCUCUCUUACAAUAAAAAAUGAAGAAAAUAAACAUUAAAAGACCUUCUUUCUUAACCAUGAAAAGGGAAAGGAUGAGAAACAAGGCCUAGAAAGGGCCUGGCACUAUUAAGUCCUUUCUCCCCUUCUGUUGUUUUAAUGACUUCUCCCUGAGCUCUUCCCAUGUGGCUCAGAGGCUUUGGCAGGGUUGGCCUCUGCCUGCUUUGCAAAAUUAAUAAAACUUGAUAAAACCAGGA